CCGUGCCUUGGCUUUCCACUAACGUCUUCCUGACGAGAAACACGUGGAUUUCCACUGAUGCCAGAUAGAAACAACAACAACAACAACAACAACAACAUGGCAAGCCAGGGGCUCGUCUACGACGGCUGCAAUUUUUUCAGACAGCGCCUGGUGUUAUCUACACUCAGCGGGAAACGUGUCAAAAUCAAAAACAUCAGAUGGAAAGACGACGAGCCCGGAUUGCGCGAAUUUGAGGCCAGUUUCGUCAGACUUCUAGACAAAGUAACCAAUGGUUCUAGAAUAGAGAUCAACCAAACAGGCACCAUGUUGUUCUACCAGCCUGGGUUGCUGUAUGGGGGUGCUGUAGAACACGACUGCAACCCGCAGCGGUCCAUCGGAUACUACCUGGAGGCCCUGCUCAUGCUGGCUCCAUUUAUGAAGACACCUUUAAAGGCCACUCUGAGGGGAGUCACCAAUGACCCAACUGACCCAACAGUGGACCUGCUGAAGGCCACAGCCAUCCCUCUGAUGAAGAAGUUUGGCAUUGAAGGAGACGGAUUUGAUCUCAAGGUGGUAAAGAGGGGGAUGGCACCUGGUGGUGGAGGAGAGGUUGUCUUCACAUGUCCAGUCUGCAAGACUGGCAAACCAGUUCAACUGACUGACCCAGGGAAGAUCAAGAGGCUCAGAGGAGUGGCGUAUUCGGUCAGGGUUUCCCCUCAGAUGGCAAACAGGCUUGUGGACUCGGCCAGAGCUGUUCUUAAUCUGUUCCUUCCAGAUAUUUACAUCUACACAGACCACAUGAAAGGAGCCAACUCUGGCAAGUCUCCUGGUUUUGGGUUGAUGCUGGUGGCAGAGAGCCUGAAUGGUACCAUCCUCAGUGCCGAGAUGGUGUCCACACCACAGGGGCAGGGUGAACCUGUACUCCCAGAGGACCUCGGCAGGAACUGUGCCAAGCUUUUAUUGGAGGAGAUCCAUCGGGGCGGCUGUGUGGACUCGUCCAAUCAGAGCCUGGCCUUGCUCUUGAUGACCCUUGGCCAACCAGACGUGUCUAAAGUUCUGCUUGGACCGCUCUCCCCAUACACGAUCGAGUUCCUCAGACACAUUAGAGACUUCUUCCAGCUCACGUUCAAGAUUGACACCCAGAAGCCUUCAGAAGAUGAAAGAAAAGGGGGAGACAAAGUCCUGAUGACCUGUGUAGGAGUUGGUUAUAGCAACAUAAGCAAAACCCUUAAAUGAUUUUAUAAAUGUGUACGUUUUUAUUUUCACAAGUCCAAAAAUGGUGAACUGUGCUGGACACUUGUUUUCUACUGAACUGUAUUACAUUGGGCAAGAUCAAAACACUGACUAAGAAAGUGUUCAAUUAC